AUGACAGCCACAACGCAAUCCUCACUUGAGGUCAACACAACACAAAAGCGACGAAUUCAACCCUUGGUGCACCUGGCGGCGGGCGCGACCGGUGGUGCUGCAACCUCUAUUCUCACUUCUCCGCUCGACGUCCUACGAACUCGACUUCAGUCCGACCUUUACCUGCCUUCAUCGCAACCGACUGUUGCCGGUCAACCCUCGCACUCUCGCCUCUACCGAACCACCCUGGGCCACGUUUUCGAAACGUUUGACAUAUUGCGCACGAUCAAGAAUAACGAGGGAUGGCGUGGACUGUUCCGCGGCAUUGGGCCCAGUCUGGCCGGCGUGGUUCCUGCAACUGCCAUAAAGUUCUAUGUGUACGGAAAUACCAAGCUCCUCGCAGCUAGAUACCUGAACCACAAGGAGGACGAUCCUAUCAUACAUGCGUACGCCGCCGUUGCCGCCAGCAUCGCCACCGCAACAGCGACGAAUCCCGUUUGGCUUGUGAAGACCAGGCUCCAACUCGACAGAUCACGUGCCAUUCGCGGCACUACGAUGUGUCAAUAUAAGGGAAGCUUCGACUGUGUGCAAAAGGUGCUGCGGAAAGAGGGAAUCCCUGGGUUGUACCGCGGUUUAAGCGCGAGCUACUUGGGCACGGUAGAGACG